AUGCUUUUUCGAUUGAGGUGGCUCCCUUCUGUUGUGUGUUUACUCCACAGAAGGAAUCGAUUCGACAUGGCAGCGUUGUACGCACAGCGGAGGAAAUUUUCAACAGAGUUUUACUUCAGCGUGGUAGUUGUUCCAUCCAGUAAUGGCGAUCAGCUGGAGAGAUUCUGUGAUUUAAACAAAGGGAUAAGUCCUUUACUUUUCCGCAGUGCAACAGGGGAUACAACGGCUGGGAACCUUGGAGAUUCAGAUGUCAGGUAUGCAUCACUGAACGCUAGCCGAUCAUAGAGUUUUAUAAGGUAAUCAGUGGCCUAUCUUUAAGGUUUCACUGUUUUGCGUAACCUUUAUAGGAAGUACCGUUGGCCGAAUUGUUCGAAGUAUUGUUAGCAGUAAUCCUGGGCUGGAUUAAUUAACUGCCCACCUACCCCUCCCCUAACCCAACAUUUUGCCCAAAAUGAGAUGCAAAUAUCAACGUUGAGUUAGGGAAGGGGUAGGUGGGCAAUUUCUCAGAAAUCUAAAUUUGAUUCCCCGGGCUUACUGCAAACAAGGCUGGGCAUAUAAAGUUGUCAUUUUAACAAUAAUGGUGUAUUUAUAAUAGAAGAUGUCUUAGACAUCCAGACGCAUAAUAAACGUAUGACUUAAGUGCAUCCUGUUUUGUAUACUAGACGUCUUAAAUGUCUGAGACGACUAAUUCAUCUGUUAAGUGCAUCGAUCAGAUGCACUUAACUUCAGACGUUUUAUUCAUCUGAGGUUUAAUGUGUCAGCCUUAUUUCCCGUAUUUACAAUAGAUGUCUAAAUUGUCUAAGAUGUCUUAAAUGUCUCAGACGCCUUAGACGUCCUCUAGUAUAAAUACGGCAAAUAAUGAAUUUGCAUUAAGCCUUAAAGUACCACAUAAUGAUCUCCAUACAUUUCCGCGAAAUUAUAGUAUAGAGGAUUUGAUAAAAGAUCAAAUUAUUUUCUCUUCGAUGAUCAUUUUAUUCAUUCUAAUAAUAGCCUGCGUAGCAAGCAUGUCCAUGCAAGUUCGUUGAGAAAGUUGGGAUGAGAGCAAUAAAAAAGGAAUGAAGGGGGGAGGGGAAGGGGGAGUGGAGAGAACGAAACGCUUGCCCGCAAACCCCAUGAUUUUUGAAAAACUGUGCUCGCCCAUAUAAACGCAGACUCUGACUGGUGCGGUGCUCUUAGUGUUUAUGAAAUAGAGAUCAACACAUUAAUCAAACCAGCUAAAGUUGCCCUAGAGAAGCCCAUUCGUCAACUCUUCAAAAUUAAAAGAUUCUUUGAUUAUUGCAAAUUUUAUAGUGGCAUGUGUUGUGCAGAACUUUUCGACAUGCGCAGGAUAGCAGCGCUCUCUGCAAAAGCCAUAGCAACGGACUGAAUUGUCCAAGAGAAGUCAGAGAUAAAGCCCCUUAACUUUCCAAAUGUAACUUGACAAUCAAAAAACAAUAAAUUCUGCAAUCACUUGAAGUUUCAACCUUCUUGUAUUGUUAUUAUAGUUUUCUGCAAUUGCAUGGAGCAUGUUGUUUUAAAGGAAACAAAGUAAAUUUUUGAAAUCUGGUGAUCUGGUAUAAUAAUUAUUCUGUUCGCUCUUCCGUCACGUUAUACUGGCUGUUAUGUUGACAAGCUGUCAAUUUACAAAUAAAUCAUACCAUGAAAUAUCAAGGGGUUAGCGGGCACGCAUUUCCUCUCCUCUUCCAACUUUUUUUUGCUUUUGUGGGUAACUCUCACGCAAUAACUCGAUUGGAAACACUUGCUAUGCAGGGUACUCUUAUGACCUUUUUACUCGUUUGGAGAAAAUUGGUGUUGGCCACUCUUGGGCCCAAAAGGCUAAUCAGCUUUCAGUAAAUUACCUCAGAUGUCAAAGGGCUUUCAGUUUUGCUUGUGUACUGUCAAGCCGUGAACCAAGACCAACAGAGAUGAUUAUCUUACCAUACUGAUCAGAUAAUGGAAAUUUGAUCAAGCCACCUGUGAUUUGGAAGACCGGGUAGUGUGGAUUUGGAAAACUGCUUGUACUGCUAGAAAAUUUCAAGCUAUACCCCUGGGUGGGUAGUUGUAACUUCAAGCAAGCAUAAUUUACAGUAGUAGUACAAACUUACUUAAUUUUUUUGUAAACUUUUGUAGACACAGUCAAACCCUGUUAAUACGGACACUAAAGGGGCCAUAGAAUGUGUCUGUAUUAUCGCGGUGUCCGUUAUUAAGCUAGUCAUGUUAUUAAAAACCUUUUAUUAGAACAAAUUAUGCUAAAAAAAUAAGAGGACAAACAUUGCCAAGAAAAAAUCUUCACCUUAAGAAGGCCAUCAUUUCAAUCCAUGGAAACACUCAAAAAUCACUCAUUUUUAUAUUGCUAAAUCCAAGCUAUUCUCUACUUUAUUACAUCCACUUUGAAAUCACUGACUAUCCGUGCAAUCUGAUUGGCUCUCAGCAGUGUGAUUUAUUCCUAAAUCGCACCAUUUUUUGCGCUAAGUCGCAUCUGUUCCAAAUCGCGUCAUUCAUGUUCUAAAUCGCAUCAGUUCUGUUUUAAAUCGCACCAUUUUUGUUCUAUAUAUUGCAUCAUUUCUGUUUCGAAUACAAAAUGAGAUGUAAAAGCCUUUUUGGGCGAUCAAUAAAAUAUUACUAUUGACUAAAUUCUGCGAUUUCAAAAUGGAUGUAAUAAAGUGGUAAUUGAACUUCGUGUCGUGCAAUUUUGGUCUGAAAUCAUACUUGUGAUUUCAAAUCAAACUCGCGCUGCGCGCUAGUUCGAUUUUGAAAUCGCGCACUUAGUUCAAUUACCAUUAUUAAUUUAUUUGAUGCCAAAAUAAGGGUCCUCAACAAAUCGUGUCAUCCACUGUACUGUAGGGCUCAUGGACAUGCUGUCAAGUGAAGUUUUUUUUUCCUUCAAAACCUUUACAACACACAGAUGAUGAUGAAAUGUUCACAUUAGCAAGGUUGACAUUCUAUAAGAAUCUAUUGAUUGGACAAGAAACAAGUGUCCGUUGUCUGCAUUAAUAGGUGUCUGUAUUAAAUGGGUUAAAUUUAGAGAAAAUGUAUGGGCUCUCCCAGGGGACCAGGAAAACUGUCCGUAAGAACAGGGUGUCCAUAUUAAGUGGGUGUCCUCAAUGCGGGUGUACUUAAAAACAAAGCUGUUCAAGAAUGGGCCAACUUUAUAUCUUUCAACAAACAGCAAGAAGUGUUUGCAGUCUUGUUUACUGGGUGUGGAUAAUCCUUGAUACCCCUGUAUUUCAACUGAUGCCAGACGAUUGCUUAUUUCUGUGUGUUAAAGGAGCUGUCAGGGUGUCAGGGUGUUAAGUGAGCUGUCAGGGUGUUUGUAUUAAGCACAUCAUCAUCAUGUUAUUGGAGUCAAAAAUACAUAUUUUAUUCCAACAAAAUACUAAUUGAAUAAAAGAGGGCAUAAGCAUUGUCAAACUAAAAAUUUCAAGCCUUCACAAAGCCAUCAUUCUGCAGGACAAAUUCACAGAAACACUCAAAAAUCGCAUCUGUAUGUUACUCAAUCAAAAUCAUUCUCUGAAUGCUGUGAUGCCAAAAAAGUCUGAAAUUGACUUCUAUAAUUCUUUCUCUCCAGUGUACUACAUAGCUUUGGGAACAUCGACUUGCUGUCAACUGAAGGUUUUUUUACCUUCAAAAAGGAAAGGUUUUUUACAGCAAACAGUUGAUGAUGAAUUGUCCGCAAACAAGUGUCUGAUGUCCACAUUAAUUGGUGUCCACAUUAAGCGGUUUGACUUAAAAGAAAAAGUAAGGGCUUUCCCCAGGGACAAAUAAAACUGUCCGUGUAACGAGGUGUCCGUAUUAAGCCAGUGUUUGAAUGAACAGUAAUAGUAGAUAACUGUCAUUUUAUUUAGAUUUAAACUCCACUCUUCUAAUCUUUGUCUUUAUGGCUUUGCAGAACAGUCUUGGGUUCCUACCAAGUCCUAAAGUGUGGUCAGGAAGUUAGCCAUGUUAAAAGACUUGAACUGUUUCAAAGGGACAACAUGGUGACGUUUUACAUUGGCUCUAUUAGUCAUUGCAUUGAGAAGUUGCUCAUGAAUGCUGGAAUUCUCACUCAAGGCAGACAAAAUGUAAAACAAUCUACCCCUCUGUAUAAAACAAACAUUCCAUGUGAAGAUGCUGGACCAUUUUCUUCACAAGUGGUAGUUGCUUUGCAUCCAAUACCUAGAGACCUUCUGGAAACGGCAAUAGACUCAACUUCAUGUUUAUUAGGAGCUGUUAGUGUCUUGCCAAUUCAUAUUGGUGACCCGUCUGUGAUUGGCAUCAAUGACAUUAAUCAGCCAGACUUUGGAGAUCCACCAGUGUUGGAUGACAGUGUUCCAGUGUUCUGGUCCUCUUGUGUCACAGCUCAUUUGGCCGUCAGAUCUGCUGGUAUUGUAGCUUUUUUUUGCUCGCUGUUUUUUUCUCGGUUUGUUUUCCUUCCCUCAUUUUAUGUCUUCAGCAAACCUCCACCAUUCAACGAAAUUCAGUGACCAUAAAUUGUCAAAGAAAAAGGGAGUAUAUAUUCCAAUCCUCUUUCUAACAGGUCAAAAGGAGACCUUUCUUAUCCAAAAAAUAUAAUUAAUACUCAGUUCUAAGAAAGUGGCCCCUUUUCGCCAUCAAAUUCCCCGCGAGAGUGUGUAUCAUACCCAGACCUCGCUCUUUUCUGUUGCAGGUCUAAAUAGGGACCUUAAGAUCCGACGACAGCGGCGGCAACGAGGACGUCGAAAAACCAUUAGGUUUAAUAUCUAAAACAACAAUUUUGCACGUGCAUGACGCUAUUUUGUACAUUUCUUUGCACGACUACGACUAAUGUCACGUUUCAGAGAGGAAAUACACAAGCGACGACGAAAUUUCUCCUCUAUUUCUGAAAUUGGAUAUGGUUCUUAGGAGUUCAAUUUUAGGAGGGUUCACCUACAUUUAACAAAGUUGGUGACUUGGAGUAAUCGCGAUGAAGAUUGAAAGAACGCGAAUUCACUUUUUCAGCGACGUUUUUGCUGCCGUCGCCGUCCUCGGAUCUUAAGGUCCCUAAUGUAACCACUCUGAGAGGGGAUUUAAGAAAUAGGUAAAACUUUAACUAAUACCUUAGAAAAUGUCUAAAAAUGAAAAUUGAAUGCUAAUAACCCUAUCCAAAUGGGUGAUGACUUUGUUACUGCCCCUAUUUCUUGCCAAUUACAGGUUUACCAAUCGCCUUCAAAAACGACAUGGACUGCAUUUUUGUGUGUGAUACACCCACAGAGGAAUUCCUUCAGAAACACCCACCUAUUGGUGCGAAUACUAAGCUAAAAGUAGUGACUCUAAAGGAGGACCCCUUUGUCGCUUCUCUAUUAUCUGAAAACUCUGAAUCAAGAAUCAAUGGCUUAGAGGCCGCCAUUCAAGAAGACGUUGGAGGUCGGGGUAUCGCAAAUUUACAUAUUCCUAGAGAGCUGGUGAAAGCGGCACUUGCGUUAUCUCAUUCGUCUUCGGUAGCUGUUCAUUUUGGUUUCCCUUGUGUUACUGGAGAGAACUUUUUGGACGAAACUGAUGGUCCAUCAGGUGCCAUCGCAAUCGGCAAAGCUCUCAAAGCUUUCGGCAAAAAAGUCACGUUUAUUGCAAGCUCUUACCACAUCCAAUUAGUGCGGACACUAGUUUCGAAGUUUUUGGGGAGAGACGUUUCUGUUGUGGAAUUCCAACCUCCGGGGAAUGACGAUCCAGUCGGAGUUCAAACAGCUGCCGUGGAGUUCCUUUUCCACGAUGGUGUGAAACCAAUCAAUCCCAAGUUUGACGCAUUGGUUGCCAUAGAAGCAACGUCUAGGACCGCUGAAGGAGGUUACAUGACAAUGAAAGGCAGAGACUUAUCGGAUGUUUGUAGGAAGAGUCCAGUUGAUGAAUUAUUCAUUCAAGGUACUGUUCCUCUGAGGCCCCGUCCACACUAAUCUGGAUAAUUUGAGAACACACUUUUUUUUCUUUGAUUUAGUCAACCGUUCUCACUAAAUCUAGUAAGUUAACCCUUAAUGUUCCAAUAGUGACCAACAGCAAUUUUCUCCUAACGAUAUCCAUACAUUCUCAUGAGAUGAGGUUAUGAGAAUUGAUAAAAUGAUCACCCAAGAGAAAAUACUUUGAUCUUUUAUCAAAUUCUCUCAACCCAUCCAUGAAGGAAAUAUAUAGAGAUCAGUUUGGAGAAUUUGUAUGUGGAUAUUGGGGCUUAAAGGGUUAAGACAGUAAACGCUGGGUAUGUGGCAUAGUGUGAACAGAACUUUUUAAGAACGCCAACGUCAAAUGGGCAUGAAUCGCAAUGUCAACGCGGGUUCAAGUAAUAAGGAUGUGCUCUUCCAUUUAAUAUUAUUGGGCCAAGGCACCAAAAUUUAUCCUGAUUAGCUUGGAAUGUGAAAUUAUUGAAAAAAAUACGAAAGCGUUGGUGUCCACCGAAAAGCUUUGAACCUUCUUUGGGGGCGAAAACUUCGUUUUCAAAUUUCUCUGGAAUGGAUACAAACAAACAAUACAUGGUUUGAGGUGGUUAAAACUGUUACUCUGGGGCCAGUUGUUUAUAAGAUGGAUAGUACUAUCCACUGGAUAAUGCAAAAGGCCAUUUCCGAGUUCGAAAACUUUUCACUUUCAAAACAAGGCUAAUUGUAAAUCCUUCUGGUGAAAACGAGUUACAUUUGCGUGAGAAUAAAAAUCAUUUUCGUAUCUAUGGCUUUGCACUUAGCCUCGCUUUGAAACAGAGGCUUGAAACAACUCUGAAAUGGCCUAUAGUUUAGCCGUGGAUUAUGCUAUCCAACUUUUAAACAACUGAGGCCUGGCUGAGAAUAGGACAAUCACAUGACUUUUGGAGGGCAUAUAGUUUAUUUGUGGCCCGAUUAGCAUCAUUUGCGCCCGAGCGGCGCGAGGUUGCAAAUGAUGUUACGAGGCUGAUGCUUCAACAAGUUCACGUUCAUUACUUCCUAUUGACACACCUCUGUUUAAAAGCAGAAUCGAAUCUACCGCUUUCAAGCUGCCAUUCAAAUUAGCAGUUUUGUUCAUGUAGAAUCUGCGCUAACCGCUUUCCCUUUCUUUUAGCGUAUAAUUCAGGGAAAAUAGCCACAAUAGGAAUCGGCGAUGGAGGAAAUGAGAUCGGCAUGGGAAAGGUGCGCCAACGCGUUAUUGAACACAUUGAAAAUGGCACCCAAAUCGCAAGUAAUGUUACAACUGACCACUUAAUCACUGCGGGCGUGUCCAACUGGGGUGGCUCCGCUUUGGCGGCAGCGUUGUUUGUUUUAAGUCAGUGCCCAGUCCACUCGUGGUAUGCCAGGAGAGGAGUGGGUAAGGAGAGGGAGGUCUCGCUGGAAGAUGUUCUGAAUUCCGUGGAAAAGGUACGUUGUUUCCUUACUCUUGACUUAUUCACCACCACGUUUUCCCACUAUCAGCACUAUUAGCGUAUACCAGGGUACAAGUUAGUGAUAUGCAGAGAUCGCAAAAACUGAUUCGAAAAACGCUGGCGGGGAGGGGGGGGGGAGUGGGUGGCUGGGCAGAGAGGACAUUUCUUUCCAUUUCGUCCCGUUAUGCACCGCCAUUUCCCCAGAUCAAGCGCGUCUUAUUUUUGCUUAACCUUGUUGCGCGAUGUCCCACUAUCUGAGUGGAUAGGCACGGGUUACUGCAAACUAUGUGAAGGUAUAUUGGGAAAUUAAUAUUCAACUAACUGAUAAGAAUUCAAACAGCAAUAAUUGAGUGACUAUUAACUUUACUGUACGUUUUGACUGUCCCAGAUUUGUGUUAGUUCGAUCCAGUGACGGUAUUGGAAUGUUCACAUCUUUAUCUCGUCAUAACGAACGGUAUAACGAACGAUUUUCUUUAUCCGAGUAAUAGUAAAAUAUAUUAAAAAAGAACCCCAUAACUAGGAUGAGUUUGAUCGUCCGGGUGAACGUAGUCCUGAAUAGGGCUAUUGUUGUUGACAGUGACUGACGUUCCAACAACCUGUGCGGUAGUCAUCUUCAGAGUCCAAGUGAGUUGUAUCACGUCAGUUGAAGUUAUUUGGUUAUUGACCUGAUUGGUCAAUUAAGUCGCGAUUUUAUUUGCGAUGGUAUUUGUUCUGAAUCGUAGUCAACAGACUCCUACGUUCAAACUUUUCACAAAAAGAACCCCGAUAUAAUAAAUCUUCGAUAUAGGCAACAAUUUUUCCCAAUCCCUUGGCCCUUCGUUUUGUCGAGGUUCCACUGUAGCUACACGUACACUUCGUUUUUCUCAGAUCAACGCAGCCCGAUUUUCAGAUGAGAUAGCGUUGCUUUUAACACAGUUCGAUUGUUGCCGAAAAUCUAUUUGGAAAUGAAUCGUUAUCUCGAAGGUCGCGUGACGAUGAAACUGAUGUUAACAUUUAUUCUCCCCUCCCCCUGCCAUCUAAAAGGCGGACAUGCAACUGACAGCGAGCGUCUUUUUUAUCUUUAGGAGGAACAGUUUCUCUCAUAUAUUUGCGAGAUUGGAGUGUGUGAUGGUAUUUCCCCAUGGAAGAAAAUGUCCGUAGAUAAUCUACCCUUUGAUCCAGAUCACAAGAACAAGCUACAAAAUUUGUUAACUAUUGCAUCAUCAUCGUUACCUAAAUAACGAUGCGCUUUUCUUCGUAGACAUUGUAAAUCGCUCGUUUUUCUCCUUAUUUUCGGAUGCAUAGGGGCCAUUUUUCAGUCCGAAAACAACACAGAACGCCAGUGGGGUAGGAAAAAGAAUAAAUUGCGCAAGUCUGUUAAUGCGAAGAUUCUGCGUCACCUGACUACCUCCCAGUCGUCUCUUGUCACAAAUAUUGUUAUUUUUAUGAUCAACUGAUAACCCAACUUCGUGUCGUCCAAUCGGACUGUAAUCAUUCUCGUGAUUAAACAAAUCGGGCUGGCUCCACGUGGUCGUUCGAUUUUGUUAGUCACUAGGCGUAUGAUUUCAGACCGACCUGGGCUCCACUCAGCCCUCUAACCUCUAGUAAACAGUCCAUGCAUUAGAUCCAAGUGAAUUACUGUACCUUUAUUCACUCUGACUGAUUAGGAUCUUUUUUGAUUCCACGUUAACCGAGCUUGAUCGUAGAGGGUUUUUGCAGUGUUAUUAUAGCCUCCACGUUACAAGAGUUCUCAUGUUGUCCCUACUAUUUACAUUUUUGUGAGUAUUUGGUUUAUUUAAGAAAACAGCCAGCCAACAUUUCGGGACUGCACCACUGGUUUCUCCGCGAAAUGACAUCAGAGAAACGAAUGUCGAGAUUUCAUACUGUUGACGCGUCAAUACCCAGAUCUCGUUAGUGCUUCAAAUUGAAUGAAGCAAAUGCUCAACCAAUCAAAAGCGCUACCCAGACCUGGGUAGUGACGCGUCAGCAGUAUAGAGCAUUUUCACUCACGUGGCCAGCGUCUAUGCAAAUUUAUUGGGGCAAAAGAAAGCGUUUACAUAAGAAAAGAGUUCAACUCCCAGAGGAUGUUCUUGGCACACCAACAUGGCCGCCGUAUCAUUGUUUUGGAACACCAAUAUGGCUGCCGUGACGUCAUGUGAAAACGCUCUAUAGAAUUUCUACUUUCGUUUGUCUGACGUCAUUUCGCGGGGAAACCAGUGGUGGCUGGCGUCGCGAGAUAUGUCGGUUGUAGUC